UGCCAUUAGUCUUUUUUAGAUGUUGUACACGGCGGCCGUGCCAAUAGACACUAUCAAUUUUCGAUGCGAAACUGUAUACCGGGCUGACGAAAUGUCUCCUCAUUUUACGCACUUUAAAAGAUUUUUUACAGUCUAGUCUAGGACCAGACUAUACACAAAUCUCCUUACCUCAACGUCUAAUCUAAAACACGUAAGGGGCUUACACGCAAGAUAGCUUUCUUAUUUUAAAUAGCAUUCAAAUAAAUUUUAUGUUAUUUAUUAAGAGAAAUGAAUAAAUGUUAUUCUGGCCAUUCUAAUUGUCUCUUACUUCCCGAGCACUAUAGAGUGCUUGGUGACCAAACUAUUCUUCACUGGCAAAGAGUAUUAUUCUUUCUUGGCGUCGAUGGUGAUAAAGUUUUACUAAAUGAACAAGAUUGUGAAAAUAGAAGAAUUACAGACUCUCGUGAAAUUGCAUACCGAGGUUAUCUUAUGUGGCAAAGAGAGGUAUCAAAAGAGGCAUCGUUUUGUAAGCUGUUUCCAGCAUUGAAAAAGGCAGGACGAAAAGAUUUAGUUGAUCAUUUUAAGAAAGAAACUGGUGACAGUGAUUUAAAUCCAAUAUUCAUGCAAUCAACUGCCAAGCUUUUUGGAAGAGAAAAGGAGUUGAAUGAGCUGGUUGAAUUUUGUACUUCUUCAUCAAGUAAGUUAUUAGUUUUAAGUGGUUUACCGGGUGUAGGUAAAUCAGUUUUGCUUAGAAAUGGCAUUAAAAAUGCUCAUGAAAAAACUUUAAAUAUUUGUUUUAUUAUGCCAAUGUUUUUAAUGAAUUGUUCUGAGACAAAACUUGAUGAUGUUGCAGCUGCUAUUCUAGAAGAAAUUAAUCCUGGUAAAUGUAUUACUCAAUAUCGUGUUGCAUUUUUACGAAAUAAAUUGAUAAAUAUGACUCGUCAAACUGUUUUAGUAUUAGAAGUUGAUCAGUUAAAUAUUAAGGCAGAGGGGGAAUUACAGUUUUGGUUUUUUAUUCGAGAGGUUUUGAGUGUUGACAAAAGCUUGCUAAAAAUUAUUAUUACAACAACUGGUAUUCCAGAUCUUUCUCAAAUAAAUCAUAUAAAAUGUGUUGAAAUAUGUUUAAAAGGUUUAGAUAUGGAGAAUGCUGCAGAUCUUCUCCGAGAAAUUAGUCCUAAUUUAUCAUUUAGUCAAUAUGAAAAGAUCAUUCAAAUAUGUGGGGGAAAUCCAUUUAUGUUAAUUAAGCUUGCGGCACAUGUUAAAGUUUUAAGUAAUCAUGAGCUUGAUACGUUUUUUAAUAAAGAAAUAACCUUUUCCUUAAAACAUGCAAUGAGAAGAACUGACUUUAAAAGGGAUAUGGGUUUGAUAUUUGAUAAACUUGAACUUGAUGAAAAAAUUGCUCUUGCUAAGAUAUGCUGUUUUAGUGAAAGAAUAAAAAUUGAUUCUGCUUUGCGUUUAUUUGGUGAAGAAGUUAAAUCAACUCUUAUGCAUUUAUCUACCACUCACUGUUUAUUAGAACGAAGUGAAUGUGGCAGGUAUUAUCGUUUGUCAGAAAUCACAAGAACAUUUAUAGAAGAAUAUUCUCGAAACGACCCAACUUUAAACAGAGCUUUGUUUCAAGCAAAGACUGAUUAUAUCUUAGAUAAAUUAAACUUACUUCUUGAGUAUGAUAAUUUAUUUUUUUGUCCAUCUCAAUUAACCAAUGUUAACAGUCGUAUAGUUCAAAGCUAUCAAAAUCGUUGUAUUACAUGUACUGGUAUGAGUAGAUGCUGCUGCAUCUUGCCAUGUAUUCUUCAAGGGUCUUUUCAAAGAAAAAAACGUUUGGUUAUACGAUCUAUAAAGCUGGGCUUAGGUCACAAUGAAACAGUAUUUGCUAAAGCUGUUCAUGUAUGUUUUCAAACUCUCCACUUCUUGAAAAAUUAUUUAGCAUCUGAGGAGCUAUGUACACUUUAUGAUAUGGUCUACACUAAAGUUAGUGAAAGAGGUAGUGAACUUCAAUUAGCAGCAGCUAAUGCAAGUAAAGUUCUUAUCAAAGUAUAUCACAAUGUGCCCUAUGAAACUAUAAAGAGUAUCUCUGUACUUACAGAUUCAAUUAAUUGUUUGGAAAAACAUAGGCAUGCACUGCCACUUAAUUAUCUAGAGUUUCUUUCAGACUAUUAUUUAAACCGUGCAUAUCUGCAAGGUAAUUAUAACAACCAGUUCAAAGCAGCUUUUAAAGAUAUUAAAAAAGGAAGAUUAAUUCUUAAAAACUUAACUUCUACACCAAAAGUUACUAUAGAGUUACUAUCUAGUUAUGGUUAUGAGGCUGCAAUUUAUAAUCGCCAUGGCAUGUUUCAUAAAUCUUUACAUCAGAGAGAGAUCCAAGUUAAAGGAUACCGAAAGAUCUUAGGAAUUCAUCCCUACACGGCAAAAAUAUUGCAAUAUCAUGCUGAAUGUUUUUUAAAAUUACAAGAGUAUAACCAUGCAGCUUUGUGUUGUCUUGUUUCUUAUCAAAUGUAUUUAAAAAUUGAGGGAAUAGCAUUUACUACUAUGAAAGUUCUUUCAAUAUACGGAAAAGUGUUAAUAAAUAAAGGAGCUGUGCAAAAUGGAAUAGAAAAACUUCAGUUAGCUAUUCAAAAUUUAGAAGAUCUUUUUGGAGAACAUGAUUGUGUUGCAUCAUGUUAUGAACAAUUAGCUGACGCCGAAGAGAAAAUUAAUCCUAAUAAUAAUAACAUUUUGGCACUUAGACUCAAAGCAUCAGAAAUUCGAAAACAGUUUAAUGAAAAAAUUAUCGGAAUGGAUACUUAUAACAGUGUAAAAAAGUUUUCAUCUUCAAACUCCAAAAUCUCUAUAUUAAGUAAACCCAAGUAUUUUACAUUUUGCAAACCUUUUUUAUUGUUUUUUAUUGGUUUUAUUACUGGAGUUUUUUUUUGCAAACUUUUUUUUUGUGAGCCUCAUUAAAUGGAAAUAAUUCUU